CCGUCGCCCAUCGUUCAGCUGCAGCAAAAGCAGAACCGCAUCAGCCCCAUCCAGAAGCCACAAGGACUGGAUCCUGUUGAAAUACUCCAAGAACGUGAAUAUAGGCUUCAGGCUCGAAUUGCUCAUAGAAUCCAGGAACUGGAGAACUUGCCUGGUUCUCUGCCCCCUGAUCUGCGAACCAAAGCUACAGUGGAGUUGAAGGCACUUAGGUUGCUGAAUUUCCAGCGCCAGCUAAGACAAGAGGUGGUAGCGUGUAUGCGUCGUGACACAACGCUGGAGACAGCACUGAACUCCAAAGCCUACAAACGAAGCAAGCGUCAGACUUUGAGAGAGGCCCGUAUGACAGAAAAACUUGAGAAACAGCAGAAGAUAGAGCAGGAGAGGAAGCGCAGGCAGAAGCAUCAGGAAUACCUGAAUAGCAUAUUGCAGCAUGCUAAAGAUUUUAAAGAGUACCACCGCUCAGUUGCUGGGAAGAUUCAGAAACUUUCUAAAGCUGUAGCAACUUGGCACGCCAACACUGAACGUGAGCAGAAAAAAGAAACCGAAAGAAUUGAGAAAGAAAGAAUGAGGAGACUAAUGGCUGAAGAUGAGGAAGGCUACCGUAAGCUGAUUGACCAAAAGAAAGAUAGACGUCUGGCCUACCUAUUGCAGCAGACAGACGAGUAUGUGGCCAACCUGACCAACCUGGUUUGGGAGCAUAAACAGGCACAAGCAGCCAAAGAGAAGAAGAAGAGAAGGAGAAGAAAGAAGAAGGCUGAAGAAAAUGCAGAAGGAAUGGCAUCUAGUCUUGGUCCUGAUGGAGAGCCCAUAGAUGAGAGCAGUCAAAUGAGUGACCUUCCAGUCAAAGUGACUCACACUGAAACAGGCAAAGUUCUUCUUGGACCAGAAGCACCAAAAGCAAGUCAGCUGGAUGCUUGGCUGGAAAUGAACCCUGGCUAUGAAGUUGCUCCCAGGUCAGACAGUGAAGAUGAAAGUGGCUCUGAAUAUGAGGAGGAGGAUGAUGAAGAAGAAUCAAGCAGGUUAGAGGCAGAUGAGAAGAUACUCCUGGAUCCUAACAGUGAGGAAGUUUCUGAGAAAGAUGCAAAACAAAUCAUCGAGACAGCCAAACAAGAUGUCGAUGAUGAAUACAGCAUGCAGUACAGUGCUAGAGGGUCUCAGUCUUACUACACUGUUGCUCACGCUAUCACAGAAAGGGUUGAAAAGCAGUCUUCUCUUCUUAUUAAUGGCACACUAAAACAUUAUCAGCUCCAGGGACUGGAAUGGAUGGUUUCACUCUAUAAUAACAACCUGAAUGGAAUUUUAGCUGAUGAAAUGGGACUAGGGAAGACAAUACAGACUAUUGCACUCAUCACUUACCUGAUGGAGCACAAAAGACUCAAUGGUCCCUAUCUCAUCAUUGUUCCCCUCUCGUAAGUAAAUUAU